AAUUUAUGGUAAAAGUUUGAAAAGGAAAGAAUUAGGAAUGAUGUAGCUAAAGGAGAAGAGCCAGAUGCAGGGCUUUGGCAAUCUGCCAAGAGACUGGUUCCUCGAAAUCUUUCUCCGCCUGCCAGUAGAAUCUUUGACGCGAUUCAGGUGCGUUUGCAAAUCAUGGUAUGCUCUCAUUAAUAAUCCUAAAUUCAUUUCCAUGCACCUUAGCUAUAACAGCAGCAACAAUGAAUUUGUUCUUAUCAAGCGCUGCCUCCUAACAUGCUUAGGAAAGAAAGUAAAUAUGUUCUCAGUGGUCAGCAGCAAGGACUUUUCUUUUGCAAAUAUAGCUGUUGAUUUACCCUUGUAUAAGAAAGAGCCCUAUUUACAACUUUUGGGUCACUGUGAUGGCAUUAUUUGUCUAUCAAAUUAUAGAGAUGCCAUAGUUCUAUGUAACCCUGCUACCAAAGAAUCCAUGGUUCUCCCGAAAUCCUGUCUCCCCUGCUUUUUAUCGAACCCAAAUUUGAUUCCCCGAACGAAUGCCCUGGGAUUUGGUCAUGACCUGAAAAAUCAACAAUACAAGGUGGUUAGGAUUGUGUCAUAUUUGGAGGAGUUUGGCGACCACAGCUCACCCCAACUUUCCAGGGUGGAGGUAUACGCCAUGGGAACUGAUUCCUGGAGAGAAGUCAAGAAUGUUAAGGUCUCUGCCAAUGUCCAAUACUCUCCAAUUCCAUGUUUUGACACCCACUUCAAUGGAGCAUUUCAUUGGCAUGCUAUGGACUAUAACAAUAAUGAAGUCAUCCUUUCAUUCGACAUGGGAGAAGAGGCGUUCCGAAACAUAUCAAUGCCUGAUUUUCCUUCCAUUUAUGAUCAUUCUCUCUACAGGAGUCUCCUGGUGUGGAAUGGUUGCCUUGCUUUGAUAGUCUAUCCAGCAAAAGGAAUUGAAAAAUCAUUUCAGAUAUGUGUGAUGGAAAAUUAUGGGAUGAAGGAAUCUUGGACCCGAAAAUUAACUAUUGGACCUCUUGCAGGAAUUGAAAGGCCAUUGAUGUUUUGGCAAAAUGAUGAAGAGAUUGUAAUGGAAGGAAUUGAUGGACAGGCAGUGUCCUACAAUUUCAUCACAAAACAAAUCAAGAAUCUUCGAAUUUAUGGGGUUCCAAAAUCGUUCCAAACUCUUACUUAUGUAAAUAGCCUUGUCUCAAUCAGGAGAGGGAAUCAAUGCUUGAUGAAAUAAGUUACUAUCGGUCAUGAAUAAUUAAGAGGUGGUUCUGUUUGAUUGAUGCUUUUAUUUAACCUUUUCCGUGAUUAACUAUGCUAUUUGUUUUCCCUGACCAAUCACUUCUGCAUAAUACAAAAAUGUCAAUGUUUUUA